AUGGUGAAUCAACUGACUUCAAUAGAACCACAUCUAAAUUUAUAUAGGACUGAAAAAUAUAUAUAUAGCUAUAGUAGUGGUGGUUCCAGUGGUAGCGGUAGUUCCAGUAGUGGUAGUGGAUUAAGUAGUAGUGGCAGUAGUAGUAAUUAUGCUGGUCAUUAUGGUUCAAGUUAUGGUAGUGAGUCAGGUGUUAAAACCAACACUAUAUUAUUGAAAAAUCAUUUGAAUAUACCACCACUGGCAGAUUGUUUAACAUCAUAUAAAGUUCCAUUGAAUUCACAUUUUACAUGUGAAGGUUCAGCUUGUAAAGUUAAAUGCUACGAUAAUUACGAAUUUCCGGAUCAUAGAACUGAAUUAACUCUAACAUGUAUUUAUGGACGUUGGGUAAUACAGGAGACUGCCAAGUGGAAAAUAAUGCCAGAUUGCGAAGCAAUUUGUUCACCUCCUUGUCAAAAUGGGGGAAAUUGCAUAGCACCAAAUGUAUGCAAAUGUAAUAAUAAUUUCCUUGGAAAAUAUUGUGAAGAAACUCAAUCUAUUUGUAAAACAAGACCAACUGUAUCGAAUGCAUUAACUUCUUGUGUUGGUACUGCUACUAGUGGUUAUCGAAAAUGUAUAGUGCAAUGUAAUCGAGGUUAUAAAUUGGAAGGUAAUAUUGAAAAAGUUGAUUUAAAAUGCUUAGAUAGUACAACGUGGACUCGAUCUGAUAGUGUUGAUAAAAAAGUUUUUUCACAAAAUUGUGCUCCGACUUGCGAUCCACCAUGUAAGAAUGGAGGAACAUGUAUUGCAUAUAAUUUAUGCAGUUGCCCAUCAAAAUAUGCAGGUGCUGCUUGUCAGUAUGAAAGAUCUGCCUGUAAUAUAACAAUAGUAGCUAAAUUUAAUGGUGGUUAUAAUUGCAAAAUGGAUUCAGAUUAUUAUAAUUGCACUAUUAACUGUCCAACUGGAAUACAGUUUUCCUCAACACCUGCGCCGUUGUAUACUUGUCGAUUUUCUGAAGCAAAGUUUUAUCCACAGCCGGUUCCAUUGUGCAAAUACCCUGAAGGAUAUUCUUUAACAAGCUCAAAAUAUUCACAAUAUCAAAUAAAUAACAAAGAAACAUCACGUACUCACUCAUCUGGUUAUUUGGAAGGUGAGGAAUAUGGCGAUUACGUAGUCGGUGGUGGUUCAAGUGGUGUAAUUAAGUACGGAUAUGGUGGUGGAGGUUAUGGCAUUAGCGGUGGGGGAAGUAAAUAUGGCAGCAGCGUAAAUAUAAGUGGAGGAAGUAGCAGUUUCGAUAUACGCGGGGGUAGUGCAGGAGGUUCAAGUGGUUCUAUUCUUGGGUUUGAGUCUGGUUCUAGUGGAAGCAAAGUUAGCAGUGCUAUUGGUAGUGGACUUAACAUUUUAGGAUUUGGUUCUGGUGGCGGUAGUAGCAGUACAAGUGUUCGUAAUGUUAGUUUUGGAUACGGCAUUGGGUCUGGUGGUGGUGGUGGUAUUAGUACCGGUAGUAGCAGUUUAAAUAUUCUUGGAUAUGGUUCCGGAGGUAGUAGUAGUAGCGUCAAAGGUAGUUAUGCCAUCAAUAGUGAUUUAACCAAAGGUGUAAUGGAAGGAGUAGAUUUUGGGCUAGGAUAUGGCGGUGGCUUUGGAUAUUACUUUUACAAUACUCCAGGAACAUAUUCUUGGUCAAUGUCUAUGACUGCCUUAGCCGGAUCCUCAAAAGGUAAGUCUGAUGAAGGCUUAUGUUUUACAUGGAAUGGAAUGAAUGUUAAAACUUUUGAUGGAGUAACAUAUCAAUCUCAAUUACUUUGCUCCCACACCAUGAUAGAAGACAGUGUUGAUGGAACAUUCAAAAUUGUUUUGAGAACAUGUCAGGCUGGUGUUAGUGAUGAUAAGUGUAAUUUUGCGUUAUUGAUCUAUUGGAAUGACUUUGAAUGUGUUAUCGAAAAUGUUGAUGGACAAAUGAAAUUGUCAACUCCAAAUAAUAAAAUCAUCACCAUACCUGUGAAAAUAGUUGGAGUUGACAUUACAUACGAAGGACGAUUUUUAAGAAUAGAUUUAGAGACAGUUGGAUUGAAAAUUUUAUGGGAUAAAAAUAAAUUUAUUAGGUUUGAGGCAAAUAAAAAGUUAUUUGGACGAACACGAGGAUUGUGUGGUACAUUCGAUGGUGAUGUUCGUAAUGAUUUUGCAGGAACUGGUGGUAUUACAUUAAAAACACCACGGGCCUUUGUUGACACAUGGUCAGUUUAUUAUCCGGAAGAGAAAAGUUGUGACGUUUCAAGAGAAAUUAAUUUUGAUAUGUUAAGUUAUGAUAUUGUAAUUAAGAGAAAAGGUGAAACAAUUCUUCGACAACUCUUCGAUAAUAAUAGAUUAGAUAAUUGUUUUAAAGUUCUAAACAAAUCAGCAACUAUUGACUUUGCUUUAAGAGAUUAUUACAAUUGUCCAAACACAGCAGACCGUAAUACUUGCGCUUGUGAAACUUUAGCAACUUUAGUCGCCCAGUGUACUUCAAUGGGCAUUGAAAUUAAAGAAGGAUGGAGAGAUUUAUCUACUUGCCCGGUUAAAUGCAAUAAUGGGCGGAUAUAUAAUCAGUGUGGGCCAGCUGUAGAACGUACUUGUGGUUCAGCUACAAUUGAUGCAAAAGGAAAAUGUGUUGAAGGCUGUUUUUGUCCAGAAGGAACUGUUUCUCAUAAUAACGCAUGUGUCCGUGAGAGCGAAUGUCCAUGUUCACAAGGCGGAAAAGAUUUUAAAAAUAACGCUGUAAUUAAACAAAAUUGUAAUACAUGUACAUGCAAAAAUGGUUACUGGAAGUGUACUGAAAAUAUUUGUGGUGCAAGAUGUGUAAGCUAUGGUAGCUCACAUUUUAUUACUUUUGAUGGACAAGAAUAUGACUUUAGCGGAAAAUGUUCCUAUGUGAUGCUUAAAACUGGAAAAUUAGUGGUUGAAGUGGAAAAGGGUGUAGUUCCAAAGGGUUCAAACGGUAAAUUUAAAAAAUUGCCAUCAACAAAAUGGGUCACAAUAUCACAUGUUUAUGAUGGAAAUAAGGAAAUAAAGCUAAAAUUGGAUGCUGGAAAAACUGUUUACAAAGAUGGCCAUUUAAUAUCAAAUUUUCCAUUCAUUUUUGGGGAAAAUGUUGUGAGAUUCGCAAGUUCAAAUUUUAUUACAGUUGAAUUGGAUAAUGAAAUUCGCGUUUUAUGGGAUGGUGAUUCAAGGGCGUAUAUUGAUGCUCCAGCAUCAACUCGUAAUAAAACGGGUGGUUUAUGUGGCGCUUUCAAUUCUAAUACAAAAUUAGAUUUUAUUACCCCUGAAAAUGAUUACGAAACUGCAGUUGCUCCUUUUGUUGAUAAAUGGAGAGCUGUAGAUUCGUGUCCAGCAAUAGCCGAAUCACCAAUGGAGUUGCAUCCUUGUAAAGAAAAUCCACAUUUAAAAGAGAAAGCAGCUAAAUAUUGCGCAUAUUUGACUGGAAAGCUAUUUGAAGAGUGUCAUUGGGCAGUAUGUCCAAAUCAGUUCUAUGAAAAUUGUAUGUUCGAUGUUUGUGCUUGUACCGAAGAUAAAAUGUCCGAUUGCUAUUGUCCUAUUAUAUCGGCAUAUAAUGAUGAAUGCUCACGGCACGGAAUUAAAAUUGACAGUCAUUAUAAGAUACCAGAAUGUGCAUCAAAAUGUCCAAUCGGGCAAAUAUAUGAAGAAAGUGGUUUAAUAUGCACUAGAUCAUGCAAAGAUUUAUCACUAGGACAUGUUUGCAAUAAUGAAACAUUUGUUGAAGGAUGUCGAUGCCCGCACGGCCAACUAUUAAACGAUCAACAAGAGUGUAUUGAACAGAAGUUAUGUCCGUGUUAUUACGAUGGCCUGAAUUUUGAAUCGGGCUAUAAAGAAGUCAGACCUGGAAAAUAUGGCUCUGAAUUAUGUGUAUGUACCGAAGGUAGUUGGAUUUGUAAGUCAUCUAAACCACAAGAUAUUAAUUUAUAUCCACCAUAUAGAGGAAAUUGUAAAGAUAAACCUCACAUGGAAUUUUCGAAGUGUGCUCCAGCUGAACAAAAAACUUGUCAUAACAUGCAUGACUAUAAAGAGAAUUUGGAGAACUGCAAAUCAGAUUGCAUUUGCGUUAAAGGAUAUGUUUAUGAUCGUUCGAAGAAACGUUGUGUUGUGCCAGAAGAAUGUUCAUGUCAUCAUUCAGGUAGAAGUUUUGAAGAAGGGCAAUCUAUUGAUGAAGCGUGUUCUACAUGUAAAUGUGUUGGAGGUAAAUGGAAUUGCAUUGCAAAACCAUGUGACGCUGUGUGUUCUGUAUGGGGUGAUUCACAUUUUAAUACUUUUGACGGAUUAAGCUUCAAUUUCCAAGGUGCCUGUGAUUAUUAUUUAUCCAAAGGUGUUGAUGCCAACGGAAAUGGUUUUACAAUUUCCAUUCAAAAUGUACUUUGCGGAUCUCUUGGUGUUACAUGUUCAAAGUCAGUAAAAGUUUCAUUAAGUGGUUAUACAUCAGAAACGAUAACAUUAUCAUCAGAUGCUAAUAUUCCUAGUAAAUAUAUUUUGUUAAAAAUGCUCAAAAUGAUAACCAUGUAUAAAAGUGGAAUAUUUCAAAUUAUUGAAGAUUCUUAUCUUGGUAUACAAAUAAAAUGGGAUUUCGGUACUAGAGUAUAUGUUAAGUUAGCGAAUAAAUGGAAAGGCAAAGUUAAAGGAUUAUGUGGUGAUUAUAAUGGCGACGCAACCAAUGACAUGAUAACACCUAGUGGUGCAAAGGAAACUCGUUCAACAUUAUUUGGACAUUCUUGGGUUUCAAAAGACAAUUGUUUAAUGCCCACAGAACCAAUAAACGCAUGUAAAGAACAUCCUGGAAGAGAAAGUUGGGCAAAUUUAAAAUGUGGAAUUUUAAAAUCAGAUGUGUUUAAACCCUGCCAUGGAGAAAUUUCUUAUGACAAAUAUUUACAAAAAUGUAUAUUUGAUAGUUGUGCUUGUGAUCAAGGAGGCGACUGCGAAUGUCUUUGUACAGCUAUUGCAGCGUAUGCUUAUGAGUGUUCGCAACAUGGUAUUAAUAUUAAAUGGAGGACACAACAUCUAUGCCCAAUGCAAUGUGACUCUAAAUGCUCUAGUUAUUCAGCUUGUGUAUCACCAUGUCCGAUUGAAACUUGUGAUAAUUUAUUAGAUCAGGGAAUUUCUGAUUUAAUGUGCAAACAACAAAAAUGUUCUGAAGGAUGCGAUAUUAAACCUUGUCAGGAAGGGUAUAUUUAUUCAAACGAUACUUAUCUGGAGUGUGUUCCAAAAGCAAAGUGCGCUCCAGUUUGUACUGAAAUCAAAGGUAAAAAAUACUAUGAAGGUGAUAUUGUGCCGUCAACUGAAUGUCAAACAUGUCGCUGUAGUAAAAAUAAAGUUGUGUGCAGUGGAGAGCCAUGUGUUGAAACUAAACCAUUAUGUGCGAAUGGUUGGUCUAAAUGGUUAAGUGAAGAUGAAUUUGUAUUUGAAAGUGUAUCAAAGAAAACACCAUCAUUCGAAAAGGUACCUACUCAAUUACAAACAACUUACGGAUCAUGUGAAAAAUCAUUUAUGAAAAAAAUUGAAUGUCGAACGGUUGAUUCACAUAAGACUCCAAAUGAAAUUGGUGAUAGUUGUACGUGUGAUCUAAUAAAUGGAUUGAAAUGUAAACCAAAUGCUAAAAAUGAAUACGAAAUACGUGUUUUAUGUGAAUGUGAUAAAGUUAAAGAACCUCAAACAGCGCAACCGAUAGGAUGUGAUCGUGCUAUUAAAGAGUAUAAAGAAUAUGAGGGAGAUUGCUAUAAAUUUUAUCAUUGUACUCCGCUCGUUAAUGGUACCUAUGGUUAUGUUGAAAAAACUUGUGGCCCAUCAAUGAUGUUCAAUCCAACGAUGAACAUUUGCGACCAUAUAACAAAUGUUGUUAAACUUAAACCAGAUUGUGGAAAAAUUUCACCAACAACACGUCAACCAAUAACAAGUAUUCCUGUAAUACUGCCUUCUACAACUAUUAAACCAAUUCAAAGUAUUCCCAAAUUGCCAAUAACUACAACUUACAAGCCAGUUGUUGUGCCUGGUACUACUAAACCACCAUUAUUACCCAAAAUACCAACUGGUGGUGACUGUGAUGUUAAUAUAAAAGCAUAUGAAGAGUAUAAAGGAGAUUGUCAGAAAUUCUUACAUUGCUCUAUACAAAGCGAUGGUACUUGGAAAUAUGUGGAGAAAAUAUGUGGUCCUGGAAUGUUCUUUAAUCCUACAAACAAUAUUUGUGAUCACACUUUUAGUGUUAUUGCUAUUAAGCCGGAAUGUGGAGAACUUGCCGUUCCUGCUUUAUCAAGAGAAUCAACAAUAAUAUCUGUUAAAAAUAUUUCAGAACAUAUUGUUGAGCUGGAAAAAUGUCCAAAAGGAAUGAAAUGGGUCUCAUGUGCAAAUCGUUGCAAAAAAUCGUGUCAUUAUUAUGAAAAAACUUUGAUUCGAGAAGGUAAAUGCGGUCCUAAAGAAAGAUGUAAGGCUGGCUGUGUUGAAGAAGCUUUACCAAACUGUGGUGGAAUUGGUAAAUUGUGGCGUGAUGCUGAGAAAUGUGUUGAUGCAGAAGAUUGUCCUUGUAUGAAUUUGGAUGGUACUAUCGUUAAACCACAUCAAACUCAUACUGAGCCUGCAGAUGAAUUCAAAAUAUGUCAGUGUCUUGAUAAUCAAUAUAUUUGCAAAGAAGCUUAUGAGUCGGUUAAUAUAACAGAGGAAGCACCUGAAAUUACUGGACAAGAAUCUUUAGAUUUUGAUAUAUUUUUACCGAAAAAGAUACGUAUUGUUCCAGCUAUUCCAAAACCUAUAACUUGCGCAACAAAGAAAUUCACUCCAAUUAUUAACGCCCCAGUACGAUUACCUGACACAAUAUUCUCUGCAAGCUCUAGUAAAUCAGAAAAACAUUUUCCUAGCUAUGCUCGUUUCGAUUCGAAAUAUGCAUGGUCACCUGAUAAAAAUGAAAAAUCUGAGUAUUUGCAAAUCGAACUUCCACAUAUUGAAAAAAUUUUCGGUAUUCUCACUCAAGGUAGUCCCACUGAGGAAGAGUAUGUCACUUUAUACCAGGUACUUUACAGUGAAGAUGGAGAAACAUAUCAUCAAAUUAAUGACAAAAAAGGAAAACAACAAUUAUUUAGCGGACCAAUUGAUGCAGACAAUCCAGUAAAAACUGUUCUUAAAGUGCCAAUCGAAGCAAAAAUAUUAAGGCUCUAUCCAAUAAAAUGGCAUAAUGCAGUUUCAAUGCAAGUUGAACUAUUUGGAUGUGAUGAAGGUCAUCCAAUGUUACCGACUGCCUUGCCACAAAUUCAAAUACUUACUACACCACGUCAGCCGAAAUUUGAAAUAGAAGAAAAAACAACCAUUAGACCACAUAUGGUAACACAACCUCCAUUAAUUCCGAUUGUAGAACAAACCUAUGCAGAAAAAAUUACAAAGAAACCAUAUAUACCAGAACAACCCCCUGUACGACCAUUAGAAAAAAUAACAACAGUUAAGCCGUUCAUUCCAGUUGAACCAGAAAUUGAAAAAAUUACAAAGAAACCAUUUAUUCCAGAACAACCGACUCUGCGGCCAAUUUUGGAAAAAAUAACAACAAUUAGGCCAUUUAUCCCGGUAGAACCAGAAAUUGAGAAGGUUACAAAGAAACCAUACAUUCCAGAACAACCACCAACAGCUGAAAAAACUACAAAGAAACCAUAUUAUGCGACUGAUUCACCUCCAGUACCCCACAUAGUAAUUGAUAAAACAACUAGAUUGCCUGAUAUAACAACUCGUCCAACUUUUAAACCUUUAAUGCCAGUGUCAACUACAAUAAAACCAUAUAUUGUAACUGAAGCACCAAUCGUUCCUAUAUGUGAAGAUUCAAUGGGAGUUUAUAAUAACGUAAUGCUUCCACAACAAGUUAAAGGUAGUAGCCGGGCAACACAAGGAAUUAAAUCUCACUUACCAAAACUUAUCGAUGUAAUUAAAUUAAACUCAACACAAGGAUGGCAACCAGCUAUAAAUUCACCAAAUGAGUAUGUACGUUUUGAUUUCUUAGAACCAAGAAAAUUAACUGGAUUAAAAACACUCGGUGGUCCCCUUGGAUGGAUUACAGCAUAUAACGUUUUAUAUUCAAAUGAUGGAAGGACUUGGAACAAUGUACUUGAUGCAGAAGGUGGCAAAUUAUUUGUCGGUAAUCAAGGGCCGGACAUACUGAAAGUAAAUUAUUUUAAUCGUCCUGUUAAGGCACAACAUUUAAAAAUUCAUCCAGCAAAAUGGGAAAAUAAUAUUAAUUUAAAAGUAGAACCAUUAGGUUGCUUUGAACCAUAUCCGCUCGUCCCGGUAGUAACAGAAAAACCUGUAACACCAAUAAUCAGUAAUUGUUCAAUAUGUCCUGGAGUAGAUGAAUUAGGAGGCGCAACAUGCAAAUGUAAGUUACCUAAACUUUGGGAUGGAAAAACUUGUGUAUCGUCUGAUCAAUGUCCUUGUGUUGAUAAUUAUAUAACAUAUCCAGUUGGAGCUAAGUUUGAAACUAGAGAUUGCGAAGAAUGUGUUUGUGUUCUUGGUGGUGUAAAACAAUGUACUCCAAAGAAAUGUCCACCGUGUGCCAAAGGUUUACGACAUGUUAAUGAUCAAAAAUGUUUAUGUUUAUGUGAAAGUUGCCCACCCGAUACAAGAAUAUGUCCGACAAGUGGUGAUUGUAUUAAGAAAUCUGAAUGGUGUGAUGGAAUUAAAAAUUGUGAAGAUGAUGAAGAUGAAGAAUGUGAUGUAGAACCAAUUAUACCGGUGACUAAAAAACCAAAACUAGAAGCAAUCGUAUGUACAUGGCAAGGAAAAACUUAUGGAAUUAAUGAAAAAUGGACAAGUAAUGACAGUUGUACAACUUACAUAUGUAAAGAAAUAAAUAAUAUUGCCAAAGUUGAUUCAUAUUCUGUGACAUGUCCUUUAAUUGAUUGUGAUGUUAGUUUACAAUAUAAGGAUGGUUGUUGCCUAAAAUGCAAACCUAAGCCAGAAGAAAAAUGUUCAGCUGUACCAAUGGAAAAUAAGGAUACUAUAAAACUUAUUGCAUACUAUGAUAAACAACAUUCACUCUGUAUAAAUAAGGAACCAAUUGUAGGUUUUACUCAUUGUGUUGGAAGUUGCCCGUCUGGUACAAAAUAUAGUAAAGUUUUAGCAAAACAUCAAUCAUAUUGUGAUUGCUGUGGUAUUCAAAAGUUCAAAGUUAUUUCCGUUCCAUUAAUUUGUGAAGAUGGUUAUAAAAUGAAUAAAGAGAUUGAAGUUCCAGAAACCUGUAAAUGUAGUGCUUGUACUGGAUAAUAAAAAAAAAGACUUCUAUUUGUAACAAAAUGAACUUAAACUAUGAAAACUGUUACUAAAUUAAAAUUGAUUAAGAAUAUGGAAAAAUUGAA